UCAAUCUACAUUUGAUCGUCAACACACUUGGCUGUACACACUAGUCUCGUCCGGACGCCAACAUCAGAAAUUUUAACAGACACAAAAAAACCACAAUUGCUGAAGCAUAAAAUUCGAAAAUGAUUGGAAUCGGGGGCACUUUCAAGGCUUUGGCGGCAAUAUCAGGACUGCUGUUCAUGGGCUAUUGCGUGUACUUUGACAAAAAGCGUCGCAGCGAUCCGGAGUUCAAGAGGAAGUUGCACGAGCGCCGCAAUCAGCGGAACUUUGCAUCCUUGAAAGCCUCAGCAGCGGGUAAUAUGAGCGAGAAGGACAUUGAGAUGUACUUCAUGACCCAGAUCCACAAGGGCGAGGGCCUGAUCACCAACGGCGACAUCGAGGGCGGAGUGGACCACCUGAUCAAUGCGAUCCUCGUUUGCAGCCAGCCGGGAAAAUUGCUGCAGGUGCUGCAGAACACGCUGCCCAUGGAGAUCUUUACCAUGAUGCUGAUCAAAAUGCACGCCUACGAGUCGGCAGAGCGCAGUUCCUCCGUCAUCAUGGACGAGGAGGGAGGAGCAGGAAUCGACGCCCUCGAAUAGGUUACUUUGUGCUCCAAAAAUUAAGGCUCGAGCAAUUGGAAAACUUUUCUGUGAAGUCUGAGUGGCAGAGUGUAGCGGAGUACAUUCCUUGGUUCACAUAUCUCGGGCAAAUACAUACAACGUAUACUGGUA